AUGGCCGGAACUUCCCGCCAAAAAGCCUGCUUGGCUUGUGCGGAUUCCAAGCGCAGGUGUGACAAGCAGCUUCCUGAGUGCCAAAGGUGCCUAGACAAAGGUGUAGCCUGUGUCUACCCACAAUCGAGGAGAAGACCAUUUACACAUGACCGCCAUAAUUAUUUUCGGGUGGAUCAUGGACCGGCACUCGAGCAGUAUGACCCGACUGUUUACAACCCAGACUUUGAAGGAUUAUCAACGAUGAUAGCAGCUAGCAACGAUAAUCAGUUUUCAGAUAUCAUUGCAACACUUGCUCCAAUCUUCCCCUCUCCCGAAAGUAACCUGGUGGAACAAGCGAUCAUUGCUGCAAACGAUGACAUCUUGGGCAUACAGACCCCUUGGUUCUUGCAGGACGAAACAUGGCAGCUACAGCACAGCGAGGAAAGAGCAGCCUGUGUCAGUUACAUUGAGCUUGAGCCUCUCAUCCGUGCAGUGGAGAGAAUGUUGGAAGACUGGAUAAAAGAUGGGUACAACAGCUUCAUUCAUCGGCGGCUAUACAGGCUAGGAAUGCCCACCUACCUUCAAGAUGCCUUCACAACACUGGCCACGUACAUCGGCCGUGCGCCAGCAGUAAAAGACUUGAUUAUUCAGAUUGCGAUGGAUCGAUUAUCUGCAUUUGUCAAUCAGCGCCUCUCUACUAUCGAUCAGGGCGCAAAGGGCCUACAAACACACUUGGCACGCGUCCAGACUCUGUUCAUCUAUGAAUUCAUUGUGCUCUUCGAUGGCUCCGUUCGCGCCCGAGCCUGUGGUGAGAGACAACUCCCCAUACUUCGGCAGUGGGUCACCCUGAUGCAGGAGGCCGUACGAUCGUAUCGAGGAGAAAAUGGUCUGCUGGACCAAGGCUCAUCUAACGCGUCUGAGAAUGAGUUUGACAGAGAGUACAAUGCAUCCACAGAACUAUGGCAUCAGUGGAUUCUUACUGAAAGCAUUCGGCGUACUCAAGUGAUCGUGAAUACUAUUUGCAACAUUUACGAGACGAUGGUGCUUGGUUCGGCGGAAUGUACAGGGGGCAUCAUGUUUACUGCGCGUCGCGGUUUAUGGGAGGCAGACUCGGCGUUCCAAUGGUUGGAGCUGUCCAGUUCCAAGCUCCCACUCAUAGUCCCUUCUCUGCGUCCCAACUCGUUGAUGUCACAGUAUAAUGCUGAUGAAGUGGAUGAUUUUGUUAAACUAUUUUGGACGUUUCUUGUUGGUAAUGACAGGGUUCAGUGCUGGAUUGAUAGGAACAGGAUGAACAUUACCUAG